AUGACUAUCACCAACGGAACUAAUAGCCAGCCUGGAAAUGCGAAGGACGUUAACUUUCGAGAUCCGGCUGUCUAUGUUGAGUAUGAGAAAACAUGGUCGUCCACGCCUGAAGAUGAGGCGGGUUGGCUCCAGCGUGCUCAAGAGGUCGCUAAUGUUCUCGCUGUCGAUGCCGUUGUGCGAGACCAAGAGAACAAGUCUCCAAGAGCUGAAGUAGCCUUGCUAAAGCACUCUGGACUUCUCAAGGUUCUUGGUCCAAAGAAGUAUGGUGGUGGUGGUCAGCCAUGGAGUGUUGGUUACAAGACAAUUCGGAAGGUGGCCGAGGCGGAUGGAUCAAUUGGCAUGCUGCUUGGAUAUCAUCUGUUGUGGUCAACCACAGCCAAUGUUGUUGGCUCACCUGAACAGGCCGACCGCAUCCAAAAGCUCAUCAUUGAGAAUAAUUACUUUGUCGGCGGCGCUGUGAAUCCUAGAGACAGCGACUUGGCCAUCAAAUCGGACGGCGAUAACAUUGUUUUCAACGGAUUUAAAUUUUUCAACACAGGUGGUGUUGUUUCCGACCUGACCGUACUUGAAGGUGUCUAUGAAGGGACUGGGAACCAUAUCUUUGCCUUUGCAAAGACAGAUCAACCCGGUAUCCAAUUUGGGCAUGAUUGGAACAACAUCGGCCUCCGCUUGACGGAGUCUGGUAGUGUGCGAAUCUCUAACGUUAGCGUGCCUUGGUCAGAUGCGCUGGGCUGGGAUGUGGAGAGGAAAGAGCCAGACCUACGCGCAUUGCAGAUACCGUUUGCGACGCUACUUCUCCCAACUAUUCAGCUCGUUUUCAGUAAUUUCUAUGUUGGCAUUGCUCUUGGUGCACAACAAUAUGCCGCAAAGUACACGUUGAAGGGCACUCGGGCAUGGCCUUUUGGCGGCGACAACAAAGAAAUUGCGACCGAUGAGUUCUAUAUUCUGGAGCGCUAUGGUAACUUUCACGCACACCUUCGUGCUGCCAACGCCCUAGCAGACCGUGCAGGCCAAGAAGUAGACGCUAUCUACCAGAAGUAUGGGGGUGAUUUGGACACUCGUGCUAAGUUGACAGUGCGCGAGAGAGGUGAGCUAGCGGAGUGGGUCGCAAGCAUCAAGGUCGUUGCAACAGACACUGGCCUGCGAGUCACUUCUGGGGUCUUUGAGGUCACAGGUGCCAAAGCUACGAGCCAAAAGGUUGGCUUGGAUCGGUUCUGGAGGGACGUUAGGACGCACACGCUGCACGAUCCUGUCGCAUACAAGAAUCGAGAGUUGGGGAGGUUCGAAUUACUAGACGAGAUCCCAGAGCCUACUUGGUAUACCUAG